AUGUCGAGUUCACCGCUUUCAUCCACCCUGUCGACACCCCCGAAGACAAAAAUAGACGAGCUCCCGAGUCCGCACGGAGUCAAAGGACCGCAGGCCGAUCAACUGCGACCACAGCCUCAGCAAUCAGCUACCAAUCAGCCCCCUGCCCAGCGCAACCAACAACGAACCAAGAAAGUCCACCAGCAAAAAGUCGUUGGAACAACCAUCCUACCCGUCACAAGAGUCACAAGGGCCGCAAAACAAGAUAAAGAUAUCAAGAUCGUUUCGAAAGAGGCCGUGUUCUUAAUCUCAAUUGCUACCGAAUUUUUUGUCAAAAAAUUGACCGAUUCAGCUUUUGAAAGAUCUAAAAGAGAAAGGAGGGUAUUUGUGAAAUACAACGAUGUCGCAUCGGCAGUCAAAAGAAAUCCAGAGUACGAUUGGUUAGAGGAAGUCAUUCCGGCAUCAUUACCGUUAGGAACAAUCCUCAGAGAUCCAACGAUACCCACCUCAUCUACUGCAAUCACCAACUCACUUCCGACGGACACGCUCAUGAAACUAAACGACCAAUCCUCUGCACAGCAAUCCAAAGUCUCGCUGGCCGUCAACAGUCACACUGACAGCCUUGAUACCGAUUCACAUCCUAAUCCAGAGCUGCAUCCGAUUGAUGAUGAUGGGAUGGACGUGGACGACCAAGAUGAAUUGGAUGAAGAUCUUUGA